AUGGCUAUUGUGAAAAACCACUCAGGCUGCUAUGUUCAGUUCACAGUGUUGUUCCUGAUAGGAUCAUUAUUAUUAUUUCCAUUGCCUUCUCAAUCUUCAGAUCCUGAUCCUUUGCAGGAUUUUUGCAUCGGGGACACGAAAAGCGAGUUAUCUGUUAAUGGAUUUCCGUGCAAGCCAGCCACAAAAGUCACUUCAGACGAUUUCUUUUUCGACGGGCUAAGCAAAGAGGGAAACACGAGUAAUCCAUUUGGAAGUAUUGUGACCCAAGGCAAUGUUGAGGAAUUUCCGGGCGUCAACACGCUCGGGAUCGCCAUGAAUCGAGUCGAUAUUGCUCCAGGAGGACUAAAUCCACCCCACUCCCAUCCACGAGCGACAGAGAUCGGAGUACUGAUCAACGGGAAACUCCUCGUUGGAUUGAUAACAACUGGGGAUGUGUAUUACUCCAAAAUCUUGACUCCUGGACAAAUGUUUGUGAUUCCUAAGGGACUUAUACAUUUCCAGAUGAAUAUUGGAGAAGAAAAGGCCCUGAUUUUCACUGCUUUUAACAGUCAUUUGCCUGGUGCUGUUGUCGUUCCGCUGAAUCUUUUUCUUUCAAAGCCUUCUGUUCCCGAUGAUGUUUUAAAGAAGGCUUUUCAAGUUGAAAAAACAGUGAUUGAUGAAAUCAAAUCCAAGUUGGGCGCUUAA